AUGUUCCUUGUGCCCCAUCCGUUGGUUGGUUCGGCAGUUACAGCAGUGAAGAAGUGGGAGGCAGCCUCUGGGUUGGAAUGCGAGCUCUUGGGCAAGUGGGGUUCUUUUGGAUGGUGGCUGCAGGUUUUCCUUGGAUCUGUUUGCCUUGUAUCGCUGGUGGGCAAGAGGUUCACCGACAAGGUGAGAAGACCAUGGAAGGUCUGGUUCUUUGACACUGCCAAGCAAGGCACUCAGGCCUUGAUGAACCACAUCAUCAAUAUUGGACUUUCUAUGGGGUUUGGGGAAUGGCUUGCUGUGGAUGCUGAUCCGUGCAACUGGUACUGGAUCAACAUGUCCUUGGACUGCACUUUGGGCGUUGCCAUCAUGUUCCUCCUACUGCGACUGUUGCAAUGCGUUUACCGCAGCAAGCUGGUGGCAAGGCCGGAGCUUGCAAGGUGCGGUCACUAUGGCGAUCCACCGGACUUUAAGAUUUUUCUCCGCCAGCUGCUGGACUGGCAGGCGCUCGUGUUUGUACAGAAACUCAUGUUGGCGGGGCUCGUGAUCAACUUCCGCAGAAGUAUGGCCCUCACGAGCACCGCUUUACUUGGGUGGUUGGAUGAUUUCCCGCGGGCGAAGCUUGUGGUUGUUAUGGUUCUCAUGCCGCUCAUACUCAACGUCUUUGCGCUAUGGACAGCAGACAGCUUCUUGCAGGCCAAGGCCAAUGACAGUGAUGAAGUGCAGGUUAGAGAAUCACUGGUGGCCGGCAUCCCUGCUGUCGUGGGGCGCGACGUGCCUGCACUGAACGCGCAGGCCGAAGAGGACGUGGACGACUCCAUUAUGUCCUUCCAAGAAUGGAAGCGGAGUCCCUGGCAUCCUUACCGAAUGCCGAAUACACCCUUCCGCGAAAAUUUGUAA